AUGGGCUUCUGCGACAUUCGUGAGCCGAGGGGGAGGACUCCUCCUCGCAAAGAGAGAAUUCAGUUCUGGCGGGCCGAAGAAUGGAUCAGAAACAUCACCACGGGUCGAUUCGAGCUUUGGAAUCAGUUCUGGUCGGAAAUGCUCGGAACACUCGUGCUUGUAACUGUCGGCAACGCGUCUGUAGCUCAAAAUCAAGCACAGUAUCACAACGCUGCUUUUCUCGAUAUCAACUUGGCUUACGGACUUGCUUGUGCGGCGGGAAUUUACGUCGCUGCUCGAACCAGUGGUGGACAUAUCAACCCUGCUGUGACGAUUUCCCAGUGGCUUUUGGGACGGAUGAAUAUUAUUCAAGCUGUGUCAACUCAGUACAGUCGCCCUACUGCUGGAAUCUUCGCAACGUAUCCCACGGAUCUUUACAAGUCGACUUUGCCAGUGUUGUUUUUCGACCAAUGCUUUGCCACCGUCAUGCUCGUCGUUUCCAUCAACGCCUUGUUGGACAAGCGCAACUCGGUUCCGCCAAUGCCGGCCAUCCCCAUUCUGAUCGGCCUGUUUGUCAUUAUGAUCGGUUUGUCGUUCGGUGUCAACGCCGGUUACGCCAUCAAUCCGGCCCGAGAUUUCGGACCUCGUUUGUUUUCUGCAAUUAUUUAUGGACCAGAAGUUUUCUCAGUUGGGAAUUACUACUUCUGGAUUCCGAUUCUUGCGCCGACGGUUGGAGCGAUCAUCGGUGGAUACACUUACUUGCUCUUUGUCGGAGCCUAUCUUGAUGACUUGGAAGAGCCGGCUAAACUACCUGUAGAACCAGUUAUGGCUUGCCAACUACUCCCAUUUCUCUUCAGAGAGUUGCCGAGCCCAGGCAAUGAUGAUCGAGCGCAUCUUGCCCCGUCAUGCAGGGGAGAAGCAGGGAGAAGACGACCACGAUCAAGGCGAUCAAUGAUCGGAGCAGAAAUGCGACAAAUGCACCACCAUUUUAGCGAGAACUGCGAGUACUGCGAGCUCGAAAACUGCAACAGAAGUGUCGCCACCAGCGUCCUGACCCGCUCAACUUCGACAAGAUCAGUUCCAAGCGUUUCCCGAGAACGCCGAGAACGGUUUAGCACGCCUGUCUGCGACUUGGACGUUCCAGCUCCUGAUUUUCUGGAGAUCGCUCUUCAGAAACUAAAGUACUUAGGUUUGCGAUAUGGCUGGCUCCUGGCAAUCGUCAUUUUUUGGAUCUAUGUUCAUCCAGUUGACGUCGUUAUUUUCAGCCUUGACCUUCACACACUGCUCGUCGUGCUGACUGUAACAACUAUCCUCUUCUGCGUGUAA